AUGUCCAACCUUGACGACAAAACCGUUGGCCAUGUGGCCGAGAAAGUCGACUCGACGACAAUCGGCCACGGCGCAGCGGAUGGCACAAAUGCUGCCAUCUCCAACGAAGCCAACAUGUCGGUCCGUCAGAGUUUGCGAUUCUGGUGGAAAGCCAUUGUAUUUUCCUUCCUCAUCUCGCUCGCUGUAGUGAUGGAAGGCUACGAUACAUCUCUCAUGAACAAAUUCUUUGCUUUCGAGCCUUUCAGAAACAGGUUUGGCGAUCAAAUCAACCCCGAGGGUGGUAGGGUUGUUUCGGCUCGAUGGCAGACCAUCAUCCUGAAUGGCACCCAAGUUGGUUGCAUUCUCGGUCUCAUCAUCAAUGGGUACAUCACUGAGUGGAUUGGUUACAAAAGGACGAUGGUUGUCAGCAUGAUCGUCAUGAUCGGUUGCAUCUUCAUCCCCUUCUUCUCGACCAGCCUUGAAAUGUUCUUGGUAGGAGCCUUGCUUCAGGGACUUCCUUGGGGCGUGUUCCAAACGUUAGCCAUAUCAUACGCAGCCGACCUCUGCCCCACGCAUCUACGAGCAUAUAUGACCUCUUGGGUAAACAUGUGCUGGGUUAUUGGCGGGCUUUUCUCCACGGGCGUGCUCACUGGCCUUAUGAAGAAUACCAGCCAGUGGGGAUAUAGGAUUCCCUUUGCGUUGCAAUGGAUUUGGCCGGUUCCCAUCAUAAUCGCCACACUUAUGGCACCCGAGUCACCCUGGUGGUUAGUCCGCCAGGGACGUAUCGACGAUGCUCGCGCGGCUAUUAGCAAGCUCACGGCACCCCAGGAGGGCGUCGAGUUUGACCUGGACGCCCAUGUGGAGAUGAUGAUUGUCACUGACCAAUUCGAGAAGGAGGUCUCAGCGGGUACCAACUACUGGCACCUUUUCCGCGGCAGCGACUUGCACCGAACUGAGAUUUCGGCUAUGGCCUUCAUCACUCAAGCUCUUUGCGGUGUUCCCUUCAUGGGAUUCGGAACUCAGUUCAUGCAGGGAGUUGGCUUGAGCCAAGAUGACUCUUUCCAUCUCACUAUCGGUCAGGACUGUUUGGGGCUUGUUGGCUGCUUCAUUGCAUGGUGGAUCAUGACGAAAUUUGGUCGCCGCAAGAUGUACUUGACUGGUCUGUCAGCCAUCACGCUGAUCCUACUCAUUGUCGGAUUCAUUGGUCUUGCACCCAAGUCCAACAAGAGUGCAAGUCUCGCAGGCGGUAUCUUGAUCAUUCUCAUGAUCUUCUGCUUCCAACUUUCCAUUGGGCCCAUUUGCUACACCCUGGCUGCCGAAAUCCCCAGCUCUCGCCUCCGUGUCAAGACCGUCGCCCUGGCUCGCGCCAGCUAUAACAGCAUCGUAUUCGUCACAAACACAAUCAUGCCAAAGAUGAUCGGUGUGAAUGAGUGGAACUGGGGUGCUAAGGGUGGAUUCUUCUGGGCAGGCAUUGCAGUUUUGUUCAUCAUCUGGGGCUACUUCCGUCUGCCCGAGUCGAGGGGCUUCACAUAUGCUGAGUUGGAUCUGAUGUUCGAGCACAAGGUAUCGUCGCGCAAGUUCACUCGCGAGAACGCCGAUGCCUUGAAGCCAGCACUGACGGACAUUGCUAUGCAGCGUGAGAAGCAGGCUGGCGUCGAGCGCAUCGAGUCGCACGCAUGAGGAUAGUCCGAGUAUGUACUGCACCGAGGCAUGUAGGACUAACCACUGGGCACUUUGUGGGACUCAACUCAGUCUUGUCGCAACCAAUAAGCUGCAUAAACACAAUUGAAUAAUCCAGGUUCCA